AUCACAAAGCUAAUAAGCAUAUCUAUAAUUCUUCAGAUCAUACAGACAUAGACCAUCUUUGUACUUUUAAAAUGAGUAUUUCAAACAAAAUGAAUUUUGCAGCCAUUGUUGCUACAUUUUCUCUUGUUCUACUCUGUAGCAUGCAAUGUCAUGCACAACUUUCUUCCACAUUCUAUGACCGCACGUGCCCUAAUGCUCUCAACACUAUCCGUACGAGUGUUAGACAAGCAGUUUCAGCUGAACGCCGCAUGGCUGCAUCCCUCAUUCGUCUUCAUUUCCAUGAUUGCUUCGUUCAGGGUUGUGAUGCUUCUAUUUUACUUGAUGAGACCCCUACAAUUGUUAGUGAGAAGACUGCUUUACCAAAUCUUGGGUCAGUUAGAGGUUACGGUAUUAUAGAAGAUGCAAAAAGAGAGCUUGAGAAAACAUGUCCAGGAGUUGUAUCAUGUGCUGACAUACUUGCAGUUGCUGCUAGGGAUGCAUCCACUCUCGUUGGCGGCCCAUCAUGGACUGUGAAACUAGGAAGAAGAGAUUCUACCACUGCAAGUCACACUCUUGCAGAAACUGAUCUCCCUGGUCCUUUUGAUCCUCUUGAUAGGCUUAUUUCUGCCUUUGCAAACAAAGGCCUUAGCACAAGGGAUAUGGUUGCUUUAUCAGGAUCACAUUCAAUCGGUCAAGCACAAUGCUUCCUUUUUCGUGAUAGGAUUUAUAGCAAUGGAACAGACAUCGAUGCUGGGUUUGCUAGCACUAGAAGACGUAGUUGUCCUCUCGAAGACCAGAAUGGAAACCUAGCUCCACUUGAUUUGGUCACACCCAAUCAAUUGGAUAACAACUACUUCAAGAACUUGAGACAAAGAAAAGGUCUUCUUCAAUCGGAUCAAGUUCUUUUGAGUGGAGCAUCUACAGAUGAUAUUGUUUUAGAAUAUAGCAAUAGCCCUCGAGCAUUUGCCUCUGAUUUCGCCGCUGGCAUGAUUAGAAUGGGAGAUAUUAGUCCUCUUACCGGUCAAAAUGGGAUCAUAAGAACUGUCUGUAGUUCUAUCAAUUGAUCUAAUUUCAAGUCUGUCACUUGUAUGUUUGCCAAGUAUAUUUGUAUUCAUUUGAUUCUUUCUCUACGUAUUGUGUUUCAAGAAUGAAAUAAAAUCUCUGUUAUUUUUUAAAGA